AUGUCUCCUGAAGCAAGAAAAGCAAACGUCGAUGCCAAAAAGUAUCACCAACAAAGGCAAUCGGAAACAGCACAUUCUUUUGACGAACUUGAAUUUGACUAUCCCACUGUGAAUGAGCGGAUCGAUCCCGAAAAUGCAUCUUGGCGCGAAUACCCCAAAGACCAAUGUCAAGUGUUGCUUGCCCAUGACGAUGUAUUGCCCGAGCUGCCGUUAAAAGAUCACACGCCCAUGAAAACCAAGGAAGCCUCUGAUAAAUGGAUCAAAGAACAUGCCAACGAUGCCUCCACAAAAGGAUCCCCUUAUAAAUUUCGUCGAGAUGGUUCAGCAGAUCUUGUUGGUUGA